AUGGACUAUGAUAAACGUCUUGACUUACUACACGAGGCCGAAGAGGAGAUCUGGCUUGAAAAGGUCCUAAAGGCCCGCUCUGACGGAAGCUUUUGCGCCUGGGUUUCAAGUUUGCAUCCCCAGCGACUGGGGUGCCGCCUAGAGGGUUACUUUCUGAAUGGGUCUUACAACAUUGCUCAGAAAGUUGUGUUUGAAGAUAGCGCUGUAUGA